AUGGAUACAGAGACUAAAAAACUCAAAAACAAAAAACCGACACAGGCUGCGUCCUCGAAUGCGCCAAACCAACAACCAGAAAAGGCUGCGUCCCAAGAUGCGCCAAAACGACCACCACUGCCCAAGGCCGCGUCCUUCGACGCCCAAGGGCAAGCCACAAACAAAGAUGCGCCAAGCAAAGCUGCGUCCAAGGAUUUGUUGAGGAAGGCUACCGACCGGGAUGCGCCUGACCAGGCUGCGUCCAGAAACGUACCUUCCAAGGCAACCAAGGAUGCGCCGAGCAAAGCUGCGUCACAAGAUCCGACAAGGAGGACUGUCGAAUGGAAUGCGCCAACUCAGGCUGCGUCCCGUGACACACCGUCCAUGUCGGUAAAAGAUGCGGUGAAAAAGGCUGUGUCUGAGGACACGUUGAGGAAGGGCACUGAGCGGAAUGCGCCAACCCAGGCUGCGUCCCGUAAAGUGCCUCCAGCGUUGGCCUUAGAUGCGCCUCCAAAGGCAACUCCUAACCUUCCGCCAAAGACAGGCGCUGCUAUGGGGGAACCAAGGACAAGCGCACUCCGAGAUGCGCCCAACAGGGCUGCGUCAGUGAGUGCGUCUUCCGAAGGGAACUCGGCAGCACUGAUGAAAGCGGAGGCGGAAGAGAGGCCAAACAAAGCUGCAUCCGACAACGGUUCUGACACCCCGGCAUUGGAUCUGUCGUCACUAAAAGACGCAAUCCAAUCGCCCACGAAACCGGGUCAAUGGAAGACCGUCACCAAACCCAAGUCGGCCUCAAAAAAGCGGCGCAUGAAGGCCAGAGCCAAAGCAGCAGCACAACGCGCAGUAGCAGUGGAUGCCGUAAGGCAUCAGCUCGGUACCUGCCCAAAGGCGACCAAACCGAAAGGGGAGGCGUCAACAAGUGGGACCAAAGCACCUGCAACUGCCUCGACAAGUGCUGCACUGACGGUUGGCCUUCAUAAACGCAGCAUGAAGCCCAGAGGCCGGAAAAAGACCAGGACAUACGACGAUAAGACCGCACCAAGACCGCAGAAACGCACUCGUCCGGAGGACACGGGGACCGACGUCAUACGCUGA